CAUUUUGCAAGCGUCCAUUUUGCCGAUACACCUGAGCACCGCGUAUACCGUUUACAUAUACCAUAUACAUUACUGCAAUUUUUUAAGAGGACUAUUAUACGCACUUACGUCCACCGUGAAUACAUGACGGUUUCGAAUCGAAUUUCGUAAAAUUGCUAAAUAUAUUAAACGCUCACCCGACACAUUAUCUUGGGAUAUUUACACAACUUGUGCUGAACGUGCCAAUAAAAAUGAAAACCAUAAAUUCUCUGUUUCUUUGCAUAUUUUUAUUGAUAUCAAUUUGUUCACGCAAUGUUUCCACAUUCUGUGGAAACGAUGAUCAAGUCGAAGACUUGAAGACGGCUUUGAUUAUCCAUGAGUCAAGCUAUACAGUAAUGACCAGCUUGAGCGCAAUACCAAUAACCGGUGCAGCUUUAACCGCUGUGCAUGUUAUAUCGUCCACUCAGUUUGCAGUUCGUUUGAAUAAUGUGUUUGAGGAAAUGAAAAAUUCUAUGAAUAAGGAACAUAAGGAUUACAAUAAAUGUUCAGAAAUCUUGGACAAAACUUCAACGGCAAUCAUAGUGAUCAGGACAACUAGUGUUGGGUUAUCUCUUGCGGCAAUGAUACCGGGUGUUGGUUUGGCACUUUUGGGCCCGAGGUUAGCUGCAUCGAUAUCUGCUAUGGUACUUAUAAGAGACGGUUUAGUACAUUGGCAAAAGAACGGUUGCCAAUAUACUACAACAAGAGAUUGUAAUUUAUAGGUGAAUCAAUAAAUGUAUAUUAAUGAAAUGA